GUCAAAUUUGCCGGAUUUGCCCAAGUUAUCAAGCACGUACGCAUCGUUCCAAUCGCCCAUUGUGAAUGGUGCUACGAAAAUACAAGUUUCAAUAACAACACUGACAUUUGGCGAUCUACAGAUUAAUACAUAUAUUUUAUUAUAGCACAACUGAAAAGUUGUAAAUUUUAGUUUCGGAAACAGCAGCAAAAUAAAGAACGAAUUAUCAUAAGACUUGUUCGCAUCUUAGGUUCAAAUCUAAUUAUUUGUGUUUUUCACUCUCGUUUAGUAAUUAGUUGUGUACUAGAGCGUCGAACGUUCAAUAAAUUUAGAUUCACGUAAUAAAGUUUGAGUUCAGCUCGACCAUUGUUCAUUACUCCAUUAAUCCAAGAAACGAGUCUGAUAGGAUAAAUUCGAUUGCAACACAGUGCAGAUAAAUCGAUUGCCAAAUUGUAUACAUAUAUACCACGUACAAAGAGCGCUAGUCAGCUGUUUUAAAAGAGGAAAAAGAGAGAAUACAUUGCCGACUCGUGACGCUUUUUUCUUCCUCUACUGUGUAUACAAGAAGAAUUCUUAGCAUGGAAGUGUAUUUAAAUUUGACAGUGCAAAGUGUUUAAUUAGGAUUUUUUUUUACAAAAAAUGCCGGAAUGAAAAUGCAUUCAAAAUUGUUAUAAGAAUUAAAAACCAGUCAGGGUGUGCAAUAGAAGGAAGAAGAAAUAACUUUUUGGAAAUCAAGUUUGAGAAUAAAUUAAGUGGAAGAUUCGAGACAAAUUACUUUCUAAAGAACAUGGGCUCAUUGACUAAUUGCAUUGAUAACCGCCCAAGAACAUAACAUUACUGAAUGAACGAACUUUUUUUUUGUUUGAGUGCAUGUUGAUUCACUUGAACGGCAAACGACAAACGAUAAACGAUUAUCACACAACUGAGUAUCCACGGAGUCGACUGUCGCAGGGAAAAACAAUACUCAUUGAAUUAAAUAUAAACUAGAGCCAACGAACGCACAGAAGCAAUUCGGUGAAAUGACACACUUUCGACCAAUUUGUUUAAUGCCAUUGUCCGUAUCGAACAAUGCCGACAGAAUAGUAAGCGUGCCGCCGAUCAGACAGAAGAAUACGAAAAAAGACAUUUUGAAAAUUUACAAACCAAUCAAAACAAAAUUUCGUAAAAAGUUGACAUCGGUGCGUCGACGUUCGGCGUUCGUAAUAUUUCAAGCCAUAAAACCGUUGCUGAAUGCGGGCAAACUGUUGACGGAGAAAGCAUCAUCAAAGAAGGCGACAAUAUCAAAACCAUUGCUGGCCAAGGCCAACAGCAUCCAAUCGGAAACGACACCGACGGACAUGUUCGAAACGGAGGCCGCAUCAACGCCCGAACUGAGGAACAACCACCAAACACAACAACAACAACAACACACCGGCCGAUCACAGAAACAAACAAAAACUGUACAAACACGUAAAACGUCGAAAUGCUGUGAUUCAACGAAAACAACGCGCAGUAACCGCGAAAAAAUUUUACAGGAAAAAGAAGACUUUCAAUUAGCGAAAAUGUUACAGGAAUGUAUUGGCACAACGGAUGCGCCAUCCCGCUAUUCGUUGCGCAGUCGAAACAAAUCAUCGGUAUCAUCUUUAUCAUCAACAUCAUCAUCACAAGAGCUGUUCCACAGCAAGGGAUAUGCGAUGGGCACAACGCAAACCAAGUACAAGAAAACCAUUCAACCAUUCGCUGAUACAACAACCGCUGCAACGGCAACAACAAAAGAUACGGUGGGACGUUCACAGCGCAACAACGGCGAUACCAAUGAUAAAUUCAUUGAUUUUAGCUUUCAGAAAUUGACUCGAAGCCGACGAAUUGCAAUGACUAUGUCUGGCGUAUGAAUUAAUAAAUCAUAUAAUUAUAUAUAUAUAUAUAUAAAUAAUGAAAACAAAAACUCCGUCGCUCAUUACGAAGCAGUGCAAAUGGAAACUUAAUUAAUUUUUGUAUUUUUUUUUCUCUCUUUGUUUAUCAACAACAACAACAACAACAAAAAAAAACACUUUAUACGUAGGAUUUACAAAUUCAAAUUAUUCUCUUUUUUUUGUUUCUUCCUCUUCUCGAGUUGAAACCAAUUUUCUUUGUAUUAACAUUUAAUAUUAGAAAUUCGUACAUCGUGUAGUUCUAUUCACUGCAUUUGUCACCAAAUGCCAGUUGGUUGUGCUCAUUUUCAUAUUAAAAUCUUAGAAAGAACAACAACAAUAACAACAAACAAAAAACCUAUUGUAAUAAAACAAUGUCAACAUUAUUUCGGUGUAAAACCCCUUUUUCAAUACAAA